UAUAGGUGUUUUGGAUUAACGCCAGUUAUAACAACUACGCUAAAUAUGAAAGUUGUGCUUUUAUCGUGCGCGGUUAUUUUGGCUGCGAUCAAUUUGGUUCAUUCAGAACCAGUUGGAAAAUGCCCAUCCACAAUGAACCCGGAAACAGUCGAUUUUCUCGUCGAUUCCAGUGACUGCACAGUUUUUUACAAAUGUGAUUGGGGAAACCCAGUGAAAUACGAUUGUCCCGAUGGAUUGCAUUUCAACAAAGAAUUGAACGUUUGCGAUUGGCCAAAUCAAGCUGGAUGUGAAGGAGGUAACAACGGAGGAGGUGGUGACAGUAGCGAAGUAGGUUCAAGCUCUAGUUCAAGCGAAGAAUCUGUAGAAAUUCCUGAACCAGAACCUGAACCAGAACCAGAACCGGAACCCGAACCUGAAGUUCCAAGCGAAGAAAGCAAGAGCUCCGAAAGCAAUUCCCAAGAAUCAUCUGAAGAACAACCAGAACCUGAACCAGAGCCAGAACCAGAACCCGAACCUGAAGUACCAAGCGAAGAAAGCAAAAGCUCUGAAAGCAUUUCCCAAGAAUCUGAAGAAAAACCAGAACCUGAACCAGAACCAGAACCCGAACCUGAAGUUCCAAGCGAAGAAAGCAAAAGCUCUGAAAGCAUUUCCCAAGAAUCUGAAGAAAAACCAGAACCUGAACCAGAACCAGAACCCGAACCUGAAGUUCCAAGCUCUGAAAGCAAAAGCUCUGAAAGCAAUUCCCAAGAAUCAUCUGAAAAACCAGAACCUGAACCAGAGCCAGAACCAGAACCUGAAGUUCCAAGCGAAGAAAGCAAAAGCUCUGAAAGCAAUUCAAAAGAAUCAUCUGAAAAACCAGAACCUGAACCAGAGCCAGAACCAGAACCCGAACCUGAAAGACCCAGCGAAGAAAGCAACAGUUCCCAAAGUGGAAGUUCUGGAAGCUCCGAUGAAGCUAAACCCAAUAAAUCAAGUGAAGAACAUUCCGGCUCCGGCUCUGACGAAAGCUUCCGUUUCUUACCUAAAUUCUUACAAUUCUAAAAAAUCUUUAAAUAAGAAUGUAUUGUUAAUAAUGAUGCAAAUAAUAGCAAAAUGAAAAAUAAAAUUAAUUU